GCCGCGCCGGUUGCACGUGGAUCAUCCUGUGUGGUAGGAUGGAUGGACAGCACUAUACCCACGUACUCUAUGACCUGAUCAGGUCUGCUCUGGACUGGUUCCGGACCGGCCCCCCGCCCCGUCCGCCUUGGCUGCUGGGUGCGGCCGUGUCGUGGCACCCGGCACGACGUCGUCUCCCGUCCGUGGCACCAGGUCUCGUCUCGUGCGGCACGCAGAAAGGGGCGGCGGCGCGAAGCAGAGCAGAGCAGCGCAGGUUGCCGAGCAAGCUCGACUGAGGACGGAGCAAUCUCGAAAUCGUAGACUGGAACCGGCACAAUCACCGAGGAGACGGGCUGCUGCCGCCGCGACGACUGCCACGAGACUUUUAAGCAGAUCGUCCGCGCGUCCCCGUUUCCCGUGUUGUCUUCGUGGUGACACUGGGAGGAGGAG